GUGGUAAGAGAUAUUAUUGAUUUCAACAUAUAGUUCCUAAUAGUUUUUAGAGGAUUUUUAAGGUAUUUAUUGUGUGUCUCACAUCCUUAUACCUAUAAAUGUAGAUCAUUGGUUUACAGAAAAUGUCUCUUAUUUAAUCUAAUUAGCAAGGCUAGUCUUCAUUUGUAAAUUUAUCUUACAAACCAAACAUCUUUCAGUAAAAGUCCACUUGAUUUUAUAACUCAAAUGUGUUAAUGUAUGCCACCAUGACAACCAUCACAUGCCUGAAUUCUAAUUCUAUUAGAAGUAAAUAGGGCACAGAGCUACAGCAUGUGUUGCCUAGAUACCAUAAGGUACUGUUGCUGCAGUCUUUCUUCCACUGUGCUCAGGAAGCUGUCUCAUGUGAUGCUGUUUCAGAGUUUAUAUGGUUUAAGGAUGAUUUGUCAAAUAUAUUUGAAAGAUGAUUCACCAAGGCCCUUGGAGUAAUGGGAUCAAGACAGAUGCGAACUCUGCCCUUGUAGAGUCUUGAGUCUGUUGGGGAAGACAGACAUUAAAUUCCAUCAGUAUAAGGAUGAUCUAUAUUUGGAGGAGAGAACUAAAUUGUACAAGGGCAUCAUAGUGUCUUAGGACUUCACUCCUGGGGGAAAGCUACUCUUCAGGUCAUAUACAUCAUAAUGCGGAAUUCUUCAUCAGUACCACCAAAAGAUCAAGGCUGAAAGGCCCCAAGAGCAGGCCAACUCAUUGUAUGCAGAACUGGGAGGCCAGCUCACCACUGCCAGUUAGCUGGAGGUAAUAGAUGUCACUGGGAUUAUGGAUGUGGCUUCACUGGCAUAAUGACUCAGGCGAAUCAGAUGUCCCUUCUGGAACAGCACAGAGUGGGAGGACCUUACACAGUAAGAGCCAGUUUAGGACCAUUGCACCAAAAAUUGUGCCUAAAGUCCUAACAUCCAGAGUGCUACCUGGCCCUUCCUCGCUUUCUGAACAAAGGAGUCUGGCUCUGCCAUCCAAGCCUCUGGGAAUGCCUACCCAGAACUAUGCUCUGAUGCAGGUGGCCGGCCAAGAGGGGACAUUUUCUCUUGUUGCUUUGCCAAAUGUUGCCUCAGCCCAGCCAGUUCAAAAGCCCAGAAUGUCCAUACAUGAAAACCUUAAACUGCCUAUUCCUCGAUACCAACCACUAAGUAGCAAAGGAUUAAGAAAGAAACAGGACCUGAGCUCUCCCAAGGGUGGCUUCAGUGACCCUCCUGGACCAGCCCGGCUAUGUCAUUUGACUCCUUCCCCACAAGCCCAUCCUGAGCUGUGUCACAAACCUAGCCCAUGGAAGCGAAUGCCCACUUUAAACCCUUCUCCCACGAACAUCAACACAGCUACACUGACCAGUGGUGUUGGUCAAGGAGAUUUGAGUACUCUAGUGACCAACAGCUGUGGCGAUCUUGAGCUUCCUGCCAUCCCAGCAUACACUACAGAGGACUCUUCUUCCCCUCAGAGCCUCCCAGCAAGUAUGCAGAAGGCAGGUUGUGCCAGGAAGGAGGCACCCACUACACCUGCUCCUGCACACACUGUCUUCAGCAGUGCAGUUCAGUUGGUCUCUGUGGUACCCAAGGGUGAGCAGCCUAUCCUGCCCGUCCCAAGAGAGAAAGCCACAGCGGUGGGCAAAGUGGAGCCAGAUGCUGAUACUGCAGAAUUGUCCUCAUCUGAUUGCAGAGCAAACUGUGAUGAGAGACUGUCCAUCACAGAAGGGUGUGAUGCAGCCACGGAGAUAGCCAGCAAGAUGCCUGCUCUGCAUGGGUCUAAGCAGAGUGCAUAUGAAAAUGCCUACUGUCCUGUCACCAAAUUAGAUCUCAGCCACAAGGCAAAACCCAGCAGUGGGAUAAAGAGAAGAGGAAGGAAAUGGAAAGUGCCAGAUGAGAUUUUAGCAUUGCAGGGCAAAAGGAGGAAAUGCAUUAUUGGUAUGUGUGGAGAUGGCAUAGAAAGGACAAGAAAUAGUCCCCAAGAACCCAGAGACCAGAAGCCCGGGGCUGCUUCCAGAAAGUACCGUAGCAUCAUGCCCAAGCCUGUCAUCGUCCUGUCUGCUUUGGCACCCCUGGCAUCUCCUGCGACUGCGCUGUCUCAGGCUCCCAGCAGCUUAGGUCAAGAUGUUCUGAUUAAUGCUCUGCCUCCAAAAUGUCUUGGCUCCAAGCAAAGUGACAGCCUUACCCCUAAGCCCAGCUCUGUACUCAGAAAUGGAUUCUCUGGCGUUAAGAAGCCCUGGCACAUGUGUCCAGUCUGCAACUACCACUUCCAAUUCAAACACCACCUUUUAGACCACAUGAAUACACACACCAACAGAAGGCCUUAUAGUUGUGGGAUCUGUCGGAAGACCUAUGUGCGUCCCGGCAGCCUGAGCGCACACAUGAAACUUCACCACGGUGACAAUCGCCCCAAGAAACUAGUGUGCUGUGAAUUUUGUGCAAAAGUCUUUGGUCAUGUCCGAGUCUAUUUCGGCCAUCUGAAGGAGGUGCACAGGGUUGUGAUCAGCACAGAGCCCUCCCCCAGUGAACUGCAGCCAGAAGACACACCAAAAAACAAGGACAGAGAUCCUGGUGUGCAAAGACCUGACAGCUCGCUGGAGAGGGAAACCAAGUCAAGUUUGGAAGAAGAUUUCCUUCUAAACCAGGCAGAUGAAGUCAAAUUGCAAAUCAGAUGUGGCCGUUGUCAGAUCACUGCUCAGUCUUUUGCUGAAAUAAAGUUUCAUUUGCUUCAUGUUCAUGGAGAGGAAAUUCAAGGCCGGCUGCAAGAGGUGAUCCUCCCAGGCAGCAGAUGUGAUGCUCCCCAGCAGACGCAGUUCCCAGAGAGAAGGAAGCAGAGGAAGCCCUGUGCCUCUAUGGAGGACUCUCCAGCAUUCUCUAGAGUGAAAAGACAGCCAGCCCCUCAUCGAAACAGAGAGGAAGCCCUGGUAGAAAGUGAAGGCAGCCAGUGGGGAAUGACUGGUCCCCAGCACCCCCCCAGGCUUCUCUGGUCCCACGCAGGCUUUCACUGCCUGCUGUGUGCUCAGAUGCUGGGGAGGAAGGAGGACCUGCUGCUUCACUGGGUACACCAGCACAACUGUGAGGACCCCACCAGACUCUGGGCUCUCCUGGGGACGUUCUCUAACCAGGGUACUCCUGAGCUCCCCAGGGAAGCAAGGCCAGGACGCUGAGGCCAUCCAGCAGUAGAGAUGCUGCACCACCUUCCUCACUAUCUGUGCUGUUAGGAUUUAAUUGUAAGGAGCCAGUACUCCAGGGCCAGGGCCAGUGUACAGAGGAAAUGUUUGUGCAUAGUUUUAUUUUCUUAAGAAAUAAAAUAUGUGCCCUGGAUGCAUUUUUCUAACAUAUGUAAUCUCACUUUAAAAUUCCAUGCCUUCUCCAAUAUUGUUGACAUUAUUUAAUAAUAAAUAAAAAGAUCAAAAUUAAGAAAUUGAAA